GCGCGUGAGCGACACAGGCAAAGAGCUGGGCGAGGCAAAACUUCUCGUCUCGGCGGACAGCUUGAGGCGCAGCAGUCGGUCAGUCGACGAUGAUGGUGAGCGCCAGUGUGAGCGGCAGCAAUCAAUAGACGGAUAUAGGAGGUGACGGUGAGAGGGAGGUGAGGCGCACUGAGGGACAGACAGGAGGGAGAUAAUCUAACACGGCCGCCGUUUGUAGAGCGUGAUGGUGAGUGACGGUGAGUGACGGCAGCAUCUGAACUACGGUGGGUCCGCCAUGAGAGAGGGUGAUUGGGAGUGAGCGGCAGGUGGCAGAUAAUCCAAUCUAUAGCCUCGUAGAGAUGUGAGCAAUCGAGACAGGGAAAGGCGUUUGUGGUGAGUGACGGUGAGUGAUGGUGAGUGAGGGGACAGUAACUGUGCAUGCGAGAAGGGGACAAGUGCGAAAGGCAUCGAGGUUUGGGGCGAACACGUGUCGAUUGUGAGAGGGAAGAGGAGAGCUUGACUGACGCCACACAAUGCGAUGCAUGUGUGACAGCUGUCGCUGUUGAAGACGUCUAGUAUACGGACGAACGAGAAAUCGGGUCAGUUAGGGGAAGGGAGGGAAGCUGCAGGGGUUUAUUAACUUUAUUUAUUAUUGAUGAUGGUAUCUCAACGGUCAGCAAGGUUGACGAUGGGGCGAACAAUCCUCAUGUGCAUGGUCCUGUUCAAUCUGCUGAGCGUUGUUCCCACGGAGGGGAAUAGUGCUGCAGAGGGUGGGGGAGAGGAAGACAACGGGGUGCGGUACAUACCCAUCUUAGAGCGCAUUUGUGCAGAGGAUUUGAAACGACUAUGUCCCAGUUUACUUGGGAAAUCUGAAAACAUUAGCAACUGUGAGGUCACAGACUGCAUCUCAAAACACCUCUGGAAGGAGAGAGAAGCACGCUCCAAAGCAGAAUCACAAGUUUCUUCUGAAUGCAACGACGCGGUGGCCCUUUUCCAGAGGCAAAGGGGUUACGACCUCACACUCGACAAGCGACUGUGGGAUGUCUGCGGAGAUGAGGCUAACAUGAUGGUGCUGCCCCAGUUUGCGAUAUUCGACCUUCUGAAGACCCCAGUUGGGGUAGAAUCUCUGCAUCUGUCAGAGGCUUGUCAGGAGGAGGUGUUUCUGAGAAAAAGGGACAGUGUGUACGAUUAUCGCAUUGACAAUAAAAUGGCAGCCAACUGUGAGGAGGAUGCAAAGAAAUUAUGCAAAAGAGUUCCACCGAAGGAAGGCCAUGUCCAGGAAUGCCUGAGAAAACACGUGGAGAACAAAACUAUCUCAUAUAAAUGCAAUGCGGAAUUGUACCGCCAAGAAAGGGAGAGUGCCGAUGAUUGGCGCCUCAAUCUGCCACUAUGGCGAGCCUGUUUGGACGAUCGCCAAAAGUUUUGUCCGAAUGUUGAGGAUGGAAAAUCUCGAGUGCUUGAUUGCCUAGAAGACCAUCGUUACAACCUUUCUAAACCAUGUUUCGAAGUGUUUGACAAGAAGAUGCUGCGCCGGUCGGUGGAUUACAGAUUUGACUACCAUGUUGCCAUUGGAUGUGGCGAGGACCUGGACAAGGUAUGCAAGCCGUCGGGGACAGACUUGAAAGACGAGCUCCCGACAGAUGCCGGUGUGCUUCAGUGUCUUCAGGACAACAUCGAGAAGUUGAUGCAAGAAAGCUGCUACAAAGCCGUGACCAGAGUGAUUAAGCGAGCUUCAGAAGACCUCCGAUUCGAUCACCGGACAUAUGACUGGUGCCAAGAUAAGCAAACCCAUUGUCUGUACACAAAGGUUAUGGAGAAACCGCUGGACGAAGCGGUGACACCUGAUUGUGAAGCCAAUGUUCUGCAUGACAUGGACGCAGUUGGAGAUCAUUAUUGCUACAACUUCCCGCUGAGGAGGGAGUGUGCCGGCGACAUCAGCAGGCUUUGCAGCACGGCAAGUAAAUCGCUGCGCCGCUCUUUCCUGAUGAGGAGGUGCCAUGGAAGUGUUCUCCAGUGUCUUUGGAAAAAGGCUGGUGAAAUCAAAAGCAAGGAAUGUCACAAGGAGCUGAUGUUUCACCAACAAAUGCUAGAGUUCCUUGAUGCAAGGGACAGAGCUACGACAAAGUUGGAGAGGGCAAUGCCGGCCAUUGACAGUCGAGAGGAAGCUUAGCGUCUUGCCUGUGAUGAGAAGAAUGCCCCUCGGGUAUCGAUACCAUAGAGAGAGAACAUCUCCCCAAAGCUUUUGAACAGAACCUGACCUUGUUCGACGAAGCGAAUGACCUGGAGGCCGGUGCGCACUUCGAAAACUGACCUUAUGAUGGAUGUACUCCCUGUCGACGCUGUCGUAAGCAAACAGUAUUUGCAGUUACUAUCACGAACCGCAUUCACAAAGGACAUCUGGGCUUACAAGUCGCGGGCCAUUUGGAAAGGGUAAUCCACAAAGGGUAUCUGCAAAGGGUAUCUGGUGUUACAGUCGCAAGCCCUUUGGGACGGGCAACUCACGAAGGGUAUUUGUCAUUUGCAAAGGGUAUCUGGUGUUACAGUCGCUAGCCAUUUGCGACGGGCAAUUCGCGAAGGGUACUUGCAAAGGGUAUCUGUUGUUACCCUCACGAGCCAUUUGCGAAGGGUAAUUCGCGAAGGGUAUUUGCAAAGGGUAUCUGGUGUUACAGUCGCCAGCCAUUUGCGAAGGGUAUUUGCAACGGGUAUCUGGUGUUACCACCGCGAACCAUUUGCGAAGGGUAAUUCACAAAGGGUAUUUUUGCAAAGGGUAUCUGGUGUUACGGCCGCGAGCCAUUUGCGAGGGGUAAUUGGCGAAGGGUAUUUGCAAAGGGUAUCUGGUGUUACGGUCGCGAGCCAUUUGGGAAGGGUAAUUCGUGAAGGGUAUUUGCAGUUUACGGUUAUGAACCUUAUUCCUGGUUUAAUGUGGUGCGCUUAAACCACCACUAUGUUCUACGACCGCCCGGGCUUCUUCAGCUGGUUCAUCUCGACAACCACAGGUUCUGUAUUUCUGUCUGGACUCUCAAGGGGUUGGAUCAAUUUUCAGGAUGUUGGUGGUGAUUUAAUUCCACUUUGUUUCGCGGAGUUGAUGACAAUGCCACUGCUGAGUGAGCUGGGAAGGUGCACUUGCUGCUUCGCAGAUUUAGAACGCCUUUUUUUUCCCCUUAGAGUGCACAGAUUGUCUUUCAAUAGGGGGGAGGGUAAAAUCUUCGCCAUUUUCCUGUAGAUUGCAGUGGGUUCAUAUCGCUCUGGAUGGGAUGGGAUUCUGUGUCAAUCUCCUGUAUGUGUGUGUGGUGAGUGCAUUAGCCUCAGUGUAGUGGUGCUUCAUACAGAUCUUUCAUCGGAUGAGACUUGCAGCAUGCUAGGAACAAGUUUGUAGAUGAUCUUUCCGGUUUUUUUUGUGGGUUCUUUGUGGGGUGGUCUCAUCAAACAAACUACUUCACAUUUC